AUGUCGCUGCUGCCGCGGUGCCGCUGCUGUGGGGCCGUCGCCACGGCCGCCCGGCGGCUGCUGCUGGGGCCCCAAGGACGGAUGUCUGGGAGCCAUGUGUGUAACCAGUACAGAAGAUCUGGUUCUUUGACUGAUGAAAAAAAAGAAUUUCUGCAAAAUGGACCCAACUUACAGGAUUUUGUGUCUGGAGAUUUGUCAGACAAGAGCACAUGGGCUGAGUAUAAAGGCAACUUAAAGCGUCAGAAAGGAGAAAGGCUGCGACUUCCUCCAUGGCUGAAAACAAAUAUUCCCAUGGGAAAAAACUAUAAUAAAUUAAAGAAUACCUUGAGAAGUUUAAAUCUUCAUACCGUAUGUGAAGAAGCCCGUUGUCCCAACAUUGGAGAAUGCUGGGGAGGUGGUGAAUAUGCUACAGCCACAGCUACUAUUAUGCUGAUGGGUGACACAUGCACUAGAGGUUGCAGAUUUUGUUCGGUAAAGACAGCAAAAAAUCCACCUCCCCUGGAUCCUGAGGAGCCUUACAACACAGCAAAGGCUAUAGCUGAGUGGGGCUUGGAUUAUGUGGUAUUGACGUCUGUGGAUAGAGACGAUAUGCCUGAUGGUGGAGCAGAACACUUUGCAAAGACAGUCUCUCAUCUGAAAGAAAGGAACUCAAAAAUCCUGGUAGAAUGCCUGACUCCCGAUUUCGGAGGGGACCUUAACGCUGUGGAGAAAGUAGCCUUGUCAGGACUGGAUGUGUAUGCCCACAACGUGGAGACAGUGCCGGAACUGCAGCGGAAGGUCCGUGAUCCCCGAGCCAGCUUUCAGCAGUCCAUACGUGUGCUGAAGCACGCUAAAGCAGUGCAGCCCGGCGUCAUUUCUAAAACAUCCAUCAUGCUGGGGCUAGGCGAGACCGAUGAGCAAGUGUAUGCCACCAUGAAACUGUUGCGGGAGGCAGAUGUGGAUUGUUUGACCCUAGGACAGUACAUGCAACCAACAAAACGUCACCUAAAGGUUGAAGAGUACAUAACUCCUGAGAAAUUUAAGUACUGGGAAAAAGUAGGAAACGAUCUUGGAUUCCAUUACACUGCCAGUGGGCCUUUGGUGCGCUCCUCCUACAAAGCAGGUGAAUUCUUCUUGAAGAACUUAGUAGAAAAAAGAAAGACAAAGGCCAUCUGAAAAUGAGAGGGAACCUAUUUAAAGCAGCCAGUUUUAAGGAUCCUUUUUUCAGUGCAUAAUUACACUCAGUUCCAGAAAUGCAGGAGAGCAGAUGGUGGAUGUAUGAAUAAAUUUACUAUCUUGCUAGAACACUUUUCUCUCACCAAAAUGCUUCACUUUUUUUUUUUUUUUUACCUCAUUCCUCCUGGCAGGGCUUUACAACUACAUAGUACUUGUAGUGUUCAGCAAAAAGUCAGAAGACAGAAAUGAUUUUGAAAGCAUGAUGGAACAGAGGUGAGAGAAAUGUAAGGUGAAAAAAGCUAAAAAUUGGGCAGAUUUAAGUAAAGGGGUUUGAUACUACCAUGAGUACUGCUGCA